UUUUUGAAUAGCACAGUCUGUAUAGAGUGGAAAUUCAACGCUGUUAACUCAUUAUUUGGAGAGGCUAUGAGAGACGAAGAUGAGAUCAAGACUAUUGCAGAGCUGGAUGAAACUAUCGUAAGAGCAGUUGGAGUAGGGAAAGGAAUGGAGCUUGAUUAUUUCCCUUGGCUUCGGUUCUUUGGGAACAGUACGUACAAAACAAUAGAGCAUUUCAUUACUAUUCGAAAUGAGCUGUAUGAUAGAUGGAUUCUCGUCUCAAAGGAUACGAUGGAGAAAGGCAGGAUCCGGGGUAUGGUCG